CUCUGGCCAUUUUGCAGUCUGCCAGAGUUACUCUGGUCUUCCCAGUGGUGGUUUGUAUACCAACAUAUUCAGUGACUUUCCUGAUUGUGCUUUACUUGGAACAUUUACUCCAUUUGGACAUGGCAGCAUUUCCUUUCCUAACAGCAACAACAUAGCAAUGAUAUUUAAUCAGGAAGGCGGUAUGGUGACUAAUAAAGAUGGAGAAAUACUACGCCAGUGGAAAUGGCCUGGAGCAGGAAAGCUUGAUGACCCAGUUAUUGUACAGGUUAACAAGCACAUUACGGUGAGGAUUGCUGGACGCUUUGCAGUUUCUUUGAUUUACAAGUGGGAGCAUGAAACUGUGAAUUUGUCUUUGUCACCAGUACGAGGUGUGGCUGUUCCACGGCUAAAAAAUCUGGGUCAGAUACUCUCAGAAGUUAGGCUGUUAUCUAAAUCGAUUAAUGCCUUUACUGAAACACACCGCAGAACAUUCAAGGAGGAGGAAGAAAACAAAUAUCUGAAAAUGGAAACAUCUAAAGGGACAAAGAAAAUAGAAGAGCAUCUAAACCACAUGAAAGAUUUCAAUGCUAUGAGAGAAUUAAGACAAAUACAGCGGAAAAUUAAGAACAUCCUGGAAGACUGGUUGGAAUAUUACCGGAUAGCUUUUGAAAUCAGCUCACCACCUACAUGUAAAAACUCGACUUUUCCACAGAGAUGUGGCAGAAACUGCCAACCACAAUUUGUGAGUGCUUUUCUGGACCCACACACAACACAAGAAGAAAAGCACGGUGAACAUGAGGCCUCCUUAUCACACAAUGCUACUCUUUUCCAGUCUGCUCCAGCACACAGCUACCUAACACAGGAACUGCCAUCUUUGUCUUCUAGAGCUCCCCAAUUAUUGGGCAGCAUUUUCAAGACAAAUCAGGCAGUCCUUUCUCACUUAAUUUUAAAGAAAAAAGAACGUUCAGCAUCUCCAUCAUCCAAAAGUUUCUACGCUGCCUGUCCAGUGGCCCUUCGAAGAACAAUGUUGGGACAUGAAACAAAGACAUGCAGAUGCAGCAACUAUCAGAUUCCAUAUGUUACAGACCUGGAGUACGAUCACAUUAUUAACAACCAAGUAUCUUCCCCAGAGCAAAUCAUUGUGGUCUGUAUAGCAGCUUCACUGGGAACAGCUUAUGACCCUGUGUCAGAUGAGCACCUGGACUGGCUCUAUGAGAGGAGGAAUAAGAACAGAAGUAUGCCUUGCACCCAGGGCCGCCUGGAUUCUUUUCGGCUGCUUAAAUAUGAUAUCAACUCGGCAGAUGAAUUUACAGGCCAUGGUGGUUCAUUACUGUUGAAAAGCCAUAACGUUCGGCCUGGAAUGUUUUUGAUGUACAUCCAAGGAAAGCUGCUUUUUGCCAACUAUAUUUUCAAUGGAUACAGCAAAUCUGUGAAAGACCUUCAGAAACAAAUUGUCCUAACAAGGAACAACUACAAUAAAUGCUACUAUUUACCUGCCGAUUAUAAAUUCAGGUAUUAUAUUCUACAUGACUAGCCUUGCAAUCAUUUUUAUUAAUGCCCAAUUUUGUUACAACCCACCUUUCUGUAGUUUUGACAAAAGACUGG